AGACAGAUAAAUUGUAGAGAGAGAGAGGGAGAGAAAUUUCUAGACAGAGAUAUAGAGAGAGAGGGGGGGAAACAGAGCAUCUUAUUAGGUUUAUUUCAUCGAAUACCUCAAAGCUAGGGUUUUAAGCCGUUCACGUUGAAGAUAUUUUCUCAUCUGUUAUAUCUCAAUUUGGGGAUAGGGAUAGGGUUUGGUUUAUAGCAAUCCCGUUCCUUUGUCAUCUGUUCUUGUUUGGCUAUCCGUUUGCAGCAUAUAUGUUUAUGUCGAGUGCGUUGAAUCUCUAAAUUGUAUGCGAAAUUGUGGUUUAUGAGAUAGAAAUUUGGCAAUGAUGGACGAGAUCUGGGAAAAAGCGGUAGAGACGGCGCUUGACGGCCAGACGGACGCCUCCUCUGUCAGAAGCUUAACCCUAGACGGAGCAGUGAAGUGCGCCCACGGCCGUCUUCCUCCGCCGUCGCUCUUUGAGAAAUUCCAGAACCUUCAACAUCUUUCCCUCGCAAACAUCGGUUUAUCGUAUCUGGAUCAGUUUCCUCGCCUUCAGAACCUGCAGAAGCUCAUCUUAUCGGACAAUCGAAUAGCCGGCGGACUUGAACUCCUCGUCGAGGCCGGUCUUGAGUCGCUGCGAGACCUCGAUUUGUCGAACAACCGGAUUCAGGAGAUUGAUGAUUUGAGGCCGCUGGCAGAGCUUAGGCUCGUCUCGCUUGAUCUGUACGAGUGCCCGGUCACGCGGGUAAAAGAUUACAGGGCUAGGGUUUUUGGAUUGAUUAAGUCGUUGAAGUACUUGGAUAAAAUGGAUGCUGAGGGGAAUGAGAGGCCGGAAUCGGAUGACGAGGAAGAGGAUGAAGAGGACGAGGAGGAUGAUCCAGGGAGUGGUGAGAUCGACGGGGAAGAUCGGCCCUAUAGGAUGAGUAAUGGACAUAGUACUGCAGGUGAAGGGAUUGUUGAUGUCGAUGAGGAUGAAGAGAGUGAUGCAGAUGAAGAGGAGACCGAGAUUUCCAGAGGGGUGAGUGGAUCGAAUCGGGUUUCAUCACAUCAUCAUUCAAAUGGAUUUAACGCGGAUGAGGAGGAGGAGGAGGGUGAGGAUGAGGAGGAUAAUGACUCGGUGGAGGAGAUCGAUGAAGAUGAUGGUGAGGAGGAAGAUGUUGUUGUGAUCCAUCAAGUGGAGGACAGCGAUGAUGAAGAUGGGGUUGAAGAUGACGACGACGACGACGAGGAUGGGGAUGAGGAUGAUGAUGAAGAUGAAGAAGAAGUGGACAACGAUGAGGGGGAUUUUGGAGAACCAGAGAGUACUGGGAGAUUGACGAGUACAGAAGGGGAGAUUGAUGGACAUGAGCAGGGGGAGGAAGACGCAGAGGAGGAUGACAACGGAGAAACUGGAGAGGAAGAACAAGGUGUUGAGGAAUAUGGAGCGUUUGAAGAUGAAGAGGAUGCUGAGGAUGAGGAGGAAGAUUAUGGAGCAGGCUACCUAGUUCAGCCGGUUGGGCAGGCUGAAGAAGAUGCUGGAGGCAGUGAUAUGGAUCCGGGCAAUGGAGAUGGUUAUCCUGAGUUGGAGGAAGAUGUUGAAGAUGAAGAUGAGGAUGACCAUGAUGGUGAAGUUCAAGUGUUACCUCCAUCUUCUUCGCAAAAAAGAAAGAGAGAUGAGGAUGAUGACGACGAUGGAGGCAGUGAUGGCGACGAGGAAGAUGAUAUUAUUCAGCAUUCCAAGUCAUCGAAGCACAAGUAGCAAUGGCUACGUUGGUUCAAGUUCUGGAUGGAAAAGAUGGAAGUUCAGGCAAAGAAAAUGGCGGGGAGCAGACUGGUAGCUAAGUAUAGUAUUUUGGAGGGAAUUCUCUGCCAUUGGGACGGGUAUAAAUGAAGUUGAAAAGGUAGGUAGUCUGUGUUUCCCGGUUGCGUCUGCUGGGGUAGCCGUUAAACUUGGUAUUCAAAUGGCAGUUAGGAAGUGGUGCAAUGCCUGUGCUUCCCGCUCUAAGUUUAAAAGGGCACUUGAAUUGGUGGAGGGAAAGUAAAGACACUUGAUAUAUAUAUAUUUGAAUUUUAAGUUUGUUGGAGCAAGUUUUCAAUUGGCUUGUAAAACAGUUGUAGAAAGGUUUUGGCGACCCAUGUGUUACAUUGAAAUCAAUCAAAAUGGGCUUCGUUUCCGGGUACAAA